UCCCUCACUGGGGUGCACCCCGGUCCUCCCACAGGCCCAAAUACAAAGGGAAAUACUGUGUGGGUGAGCGGAAGUGCUUCCGCCUCUGCAACCUACAGGCCUGCCCCGCUGGCCGCCCCUCCUUCCGCCACAUCCAGUGCAGCCACUUUGACGCUACGCUUUACGAGGGCCAGCUGCACACAUGGGUGCCCGUGGUCAACGACGUGAACCCCUGCGAGCUGCACUGCCGGCCCUCGAAUGAGUACUUUGCCGAGAAGCUGCGGGACGCAGUGGUCGAUGGCACCCCCUGCUACCAGGUCCGGGCCAGCAGGGACCUCUGCAUCAACGGCAUCUGCAAGAACGUGGGCUGUGACUUUGAGAUUGACUCCGGUGCUAUGGAGGAUCGCUGUGGUGUGUGCCACGGCAAUGGCUCCACCUGCCACACCGUGAGCGGGACCUUCGAGGAGGCCGAGGGCCUGGGGUAUGUGGAUGUGGGGCUGAUCCCAGCCGGCGCACGCGAGAUCCGCAUCCAGGAGGUGGCCGAGGCUGCCAACUUCCUGGCACUGCGGAGCGAGGACCCAGAGAAGUACUUCCUCAAUGGUGGCUGGACCAUCCAGUGGAACGGGGACUACCAGGUGGCAGGGACCACCUUCACAUAUGCACGCAGGGGCAACUGGGAGAACCUCACGUCCCCGGGUCCCACCAACGAGCCUGUCUGGAUCCAGCUGCUGUUCCAGGAGAGCAACCCCGGGGUGCGCUAUGAGUACACCAUCCACAGGGAGGCAGGCGGCCAUGGUGAGGUCCCGCCACCCGAGUUCUCCUGGCACUAUGGGCCCUGGACCAAGUGCACAGUCACCUGCGGCAGAGGUGAGAAGUGGGGCAGGCACAGCCCCGGCGGCAGGGGCUUCAUCUCUGGACAGGGACGCUGGCUUCAGCUUCCAGCUCACUGCUGGGCCACCAUGGGUUUGGAAGUUGGCUUCUCUGAGCCUCAGUUCCCCAUCUGUGAGAUGAGGCUGGCAACCGCCCCAUGUCCCAGGCGCACUGGGAGGGGAAAUGGAUGAGGCAGGUGGGUGCUGGCUC